ACUAUAUAUCAAUUUAGGAGAUGGCCACAAAGUCAGAGGGAAUUCAACGUUUACUGCAGGCAGAACAGAGGGCCAAUGCCAAGGUUGCUGAAGCAAAGAAAAAGAAGCAGAAGAGACUAAAAGAGGCGAAAGAGGAAGCCAAGAAGGAAAUCCUACUUUUCAAGAACAAUCAGGAAGUUGCUUUUCAGGAUAAAAUGGCUAAGUCUCAAGGUUACGGAGACGACUACACUGCAAAGAUCAACAAGGAGGGACAAGUAGAGGCGGCUAAGUUAGAUGAGAUGCUCGCUUCAAAUCAGGGAAAAGUUGUGGAUUGGCUGCUUGAUCAUGUUUCUGAUAUCAAACCUGAGGUACACCGGAAUUACUCUACAACUGGAUUCGCUUAAAGUUCUAACUGUGACUGUUUUCCGCUGUGGUUCCUGAUUUCUCCGCUUAAACAGACUAAAAACUGAUAUAUAACUAUCUGCUUUCUUUGUGAUUAGAAUUUCACCUGACUUUGAUAACUGAACUUAAUUUAAAUUAGAGAUUGUAAGUUUCUGCAGAUUUCAUGUGAUUAUGAUGAAUUGGCUGGUCCAAUAUGAAUUAAUGUAAUUUUGCUAGAAAAGAGUUUUCUUUUUCACGUCUCAUGUCAACA